UCCAGCAAGAACACUCUCAUCCUCCUCCUCUCGCCGCAGCCACCUUCCUCGAUCCGUCCGUGAUGGCGCCCAAGGCCGAGAAGAAGCCCGCGGAGAAGAAGCCGGUGGAGGAGAAGGCGCCCGCCAAGGGGGAGAAGAAGCCCAAGGCCGAGAAGCGGCUGCCGGCGGCCAAGGAGGGCGGCGGCGACAAGAAGGGCAAGAAGAAGGCCAAGAAGAGCGUGGAGACGUACAAAAUCUACAUCUUCAAGGUGCUCAAGCAGGUGCACCCGGACAUUGGCAUCUCCUCCAAGGCCAUGUCCAUCAUGAACUCCUUCAUCAAUGACAUAUUCGAGAAGCUUGCUGGCGAGUCCGCCAAGCUCGCCAGGUACAACAAGAAGCCCACCAUCACCUCCCGGGAGAUCCAGACCUCCGUGCGCCUCGUCCUCCCCGGCGAGCUCGCCAAGCACGCCGUCUCCGAGGGCACCAAGGCCGUCACCAAGUUCACGUCGUCCUAGACUCUUCCCUGUCUUUGAUUGUCUCUGGUUCGAUCGAGUAGUUUGUAAUUGUUUCUGGCUGUGAUGAACAAUGA